AUGAAGUCCACGACGGCCGCCAGAGCUGUGCUUGAAAUGAACCCCGAGGUGAACAUCGCCGUACACGAAAACAGAGUGGGUCCAGAGACCGAGAAAGUCUACAACGACGACUUCUUCGAAUCUCUGGACGGCGUGGCCAAUGCGCUGGACAACGUGAACGCACGCCAGUACAUGGACAAACGCUGCGUGUAUUACCGGAAGCCCCUGCUCGAGUCUGGCACUAUGGGAACCAAGGGCAACGUGCAGGUCGUGAAGCCCGACAUGACGGAGUCCUAUUCGUCGUCCCACGACCCUCCCGAAAAAUCGAUACCUGUCUGCACCAUCAAGCAUUUCCCCAACAACAUCGAGCACACCCUGCAGUGGGCACGAGAUGAAUUUGAGGGUCUGUUCAAGCAGGUGGCCUCAAACGCCGUCCAGUACUUAAAUGACCCCGAGUUUCUUCCGAAAAUGACGCGAAGGCUACCACUCAGCCAGCAGGUGGUGACGCUGGAGGAAAUAAAGAAAAUUCUGCUCGACCAGCGAGCGACAGUCUUCGACGACUGCGUUGUCUUCGCUCGGCUACGGUUCCAGGAUCAGUACGACAACCAGAUACGAUUGCUGCUUCGCAACUAUCCAGAGAAUCACACCACGAGCUCCGGUGCUCCCUUCUGGUCUGGCUUCAAACGGUGCCCUCACCCCAUUGAGUUCAACCCCAACAACGCCUUGCACAUGGAUUACAUCGUGGCUGCAGCGAACCUGCGAGCAACGAUGUUUGGCAUUCCGCGCAAUACGGACCGUGAGGCGAUCGCUGAAAUGCUCAAAGUAGUUGAAGUUCCAUUCGAUCCACUACCAAACGCGAACGUCGCCGCGGGCAACACCACCGUUGCAGUGGCACAGAGCGGUACGUGUUUAGACUCGGAUCGCGUAAACCAGCUGCUCGAGGAACUGCCGGACCAGAGUGAGCUCGGAGACGUGGAACUUACGACGCUGGAGUUUGAGAAGGACGACGACACAAACUUCCACGUGGACUUCAUCGUGGCGGCCUCCAACCUGCGUGCCGCCAACUACAACAUCGAGCCGGCCGACCGACUCAAGAGCAAGCUCAUCGCGGGCAAGAUCAUACCGGCCAUUGCCACCACCACAUCGCUCGUGGCGGGCCUCGCCUGUCUCGAGCUGUACAAGCUGACUCAGGGUCACAAAAAGUUGGAGCUGUACAAGAAUGGUUUCGUCAACCUGGCGCUGCCUUUCUUCGGCUUUUCCGAACCCAUUCCUCCUGCCAAGAAAAAUUUUCACGGCCAGGAGUACACCUUGUGGACAGCCAUUGACAUUCAAGGCGAGAUCACCCUCGAGAAAUUCAUCGAACGUUUCAAAGAAGACUUCGAAGUUGAUAUCAUCAUACUGUCUGAGGGUCCACGAAUGUUGUACGCCAACUUCCAGCCUCCGUCCACGAGACGUCUCAAGAUGACCAUGAGCGAAGUGUUGGAGGACGUGUCUAAACAGAAGAUCGACCCUGGCAAGCGCUCCUUAGAGUUUGCGAUGAUCUGCACCGACUUUGACGGCAAUGAAGUCGAAGCGCCACGAAUACGCUACCAUCGGCCAGCUCGAGACGACCUCGGGUAUUUUUCCUGA